AUGGACCCGUGCAUCAGCGAGUACGGCAUCACCGCGCCGUCCUCGGCCGGGAGAGACAGCGUCGCGGCGUUCCGCGCCGACGUGUACGCGUUCGGCAUGCUGCUGCUGGAGCUGCUGAUGGGGAAGGCGACGUCCGCGCAGGGUGACGGCGCGGAGCUGGCGCGGUGGGUGACCUCAGUGAUCCGGGAGGAGUGGACUGCCAAGGUGUUCGACCGCGCGCUGCUCGCCUGCAGCGGCGCCGGGUCCACCGAGCAGCGCAUGGUGCGGCUGCUGCAGGUCGCGAUGCGGUGCGUCGAUGCCUCCCCUGGGGAGAUCGGGGGUGGGAGAUCCAAAGAAUAUCGUCCGUCGGAUGUGGUUGAGUAA